AUUCCAUUGGGUGCCUGAGACCCAGAGGCCCAGGGCUACACAACCUCUGUGCUGCUUAACGUGGUGGUUCUCACUCCCCCAGACAGGGUUCUGGCAGGAUGGAAACCCUGCAGGAGGUGAUUUGGGCCAACAGGAGCACAGUGCUGUCCCCACCCCUGGCUCCCAACAUCAGUGUGCCACAUCGCUGCCUGCUGCUGCUCUACGAGGACAUUGGCACCUCUAGGGUCCGGUACUGGGACCUCUUGCUCCUCAUCCCCAAUGUGCUCUUCUUCAUUUUCCUGCUGUGGAAGCUUCCAUUUGCUCGGGCCAAGAUCUGCAUCACCUCCAGCCCCAUUUUUAUCACCUUCUAUAUCCUGGUGUUCGUGGUAGCGCUGGUGGGCAUUGCCCGGGCUGUGGUCAGCAUGACCGUCAGCACUUCGGAUGCUGCAACUGUUGCUGAUAAGAUCCUGUGGGAGAUUACCCGCUUCUUCCUGUUGGCCAUCGAGCUGAGUGUGGUUAUCCUGGGCCUUGCCUUUGGUCACCUGGAGAGCAAAUCAAGCAUCAAGCGAGUGCUGGCUAUCACCACCGUGCUGUCCCUGGCCUACUCUGUCACCCAGGGGACGCUGGAGAUCCUGUACCCUGAUGCCCACCUCUCAGCUGAGGACUUCAACAUAUAUGGGCACGGAGGCCGCCAUUUCUGGCUGGUCAGCUCCUGCUUCUUCUUCCUGGUGUACUCUCUGGUGGUGGUGCUUCCCAAGACCCCUCUGAAGGAUCGCAUCUCCCUGCCUUCGCGGAGGAGCUUCUAUGUGUAUGCAGGUAUCCUGGCGCUGCUCAACCUGCUGCAGGGGCUGGGAAGCGCGCUGCUCUGCGCUGACAUCAUCGAGGGGCUCUGGUAUGGAGGCUGGGGGAGCUGGGAAGGGGAGUUUGGGGCGGUCCCACCCAAUGAGGCCUGCUCUGACCCACCCUCCUCCCCCAGCUGUGUGGACGCCACCACAUUCCUCUACUUCAGCUUCUUUGCGCCCCUCAUCUACGUGGCCUUCCUCCGGGGCUUUUUCGGCUCGGAGCCUAAGAUCCUUUUCUCCUACAAAUGCCAAGUGGAUGAGACUGAGGAACCGGACAUGCAUCUGCCCCAUCCCUAUGCUGUAACCCGGCGGGAGGGCCCAGAGGCAGCAGGUGCUGCCAGCACACAGUUCGACUCUGCCGGCGGGGUGUCCUACCUGGAUGACAUUGCUUCCAUGCCCUGCCACACUGGCAGCAUCAACAGCACAGACAGCGAGCGCUGGAAGGCUCUCAAUGCCUGAUUGCAGCUGCCUGGCUGGAAAGAGUGCUGGGGCCCAUGGAGGGCGGGUCAGAGAGAAGGCCAGAUAGCGCAGAGUCCCUGGAGAAGGAGGACAAGGUCACGGGACCUUGUGUGGGCAGCAGCGCUAUGCAGGCUCUAUCCUUCCCUCUGGGCCUCAAGUUGCCCUCAGCCAUCUCUGCUCUAGCUGCCCUUCCCUCUUCCAUCUGCCCUUGACCUGCUCUGCAACAUGCCCAGAUUAUGAUCCCUUAAGGCCAGGAUUGGCUAUGCUGGCCAAGGGCACUUUUUUUCUCCAAAGGAGAAAGCCUGGGGACCCAGGACUGGUCUGGCCCCUGCCCCCUCCCUUCAGCACUUUGGCCUUCUCAAAGCUCACUCUGGCAGGUGGGCUGAAGUGUGUAUAUUUUCUUGAUCUAUUUUUUAAUAAAAAGGAAAAGGAACCGAA